GAUGCCCGAUGGAAGACCAUCUGCUUACUGGCGCCCUCUGCUGGUCACUGGUGGUUCCCUCUACAGCAGUGCUUCUGAACCUUCUCUGCACCGCGACCCUGCAAGCUCAGUCACAACCCUAUAUCAAGUAUAGGUUUAAACAAACUCUAUGAUCAAGCAUGCAGUGCACUUUGCGCCAAUUAGUACCUAUCACGCAAAUCUGAUUGGAUGUGCCAGAACUUGCUGCAACCCAAAUAUGAGUCGCGACCCGUGGGUGGAGAAUUGCUACUCAGCCUGGCCUUAAAGAGGCAGUACAAAGAUUUUCGAAGCGGAACCAAAUGGGAACAUUUACUAGAUGAAACCAUAAAAAUAGGGAAAGGAUCAGCCAUGAGCACGACAAUGGCAAAAAUCACUCAUCUGUGUUUGGGUUUAUCUGUUUGUUGUUUGACCAGCCAAAGUUUGAAUGUGACACUAGUUAAUCCUGGGGAGAACAUAAGCAUCGGCUGUGGCAAUGAUAUGGAACAAGUUUAUUGGUACCUGCAGAGCUCAGGACGCCCACCGGCGCCGAUACUGCGCUCAUUCGGCGGUGCUGCAUCUAUUCCGUUUUACUAUGAUACUGGAUCGCAGAGCAAGUAUGACUUACAAGCCGGCAACAAACUGUUUAUACAUAAUUUUACAAAAGACGAUUGCGCAACAUAUUACUGUGCGGAGCUUCGCGAUGGUGUCUUCAGAUUCUUUAACGGAAGCAGACUGAAUGUCACAGCUACAUCUUCUAGAAAAGAUAUUACAGAUUUCUUCAAUGGAACCAGACUGAAUAUCACAGACGUGGUCACUGGACGUCAAAAUCUGACUUCUGAUACCCAAAAGGAGCAGAGAUGCGGAAUUUUUCAAAAUUCACUCCUUAUCGUUACCAUUGUUCUAAAUUUCAUUUUGAUCGUUAUAAUCCUGGUUUUGAUAAAGAAACUCUGCACUGCUCUUAACUGCAAACCUGCAAUGGAGUCGGAAGCCCCUCAGGAGGACGUAACGUACAGUGUAAUUCAGCUUCCGAAGAGACAGAAUGCAUCAAGCCGUGAAAUAACGACAUACAGCGACCUUAGACUUCCAACUUCAUGAGUUGACCUCAGCUGCUCAAUAAAGCCCUCAUUGUACAGUUUCUAUGUGGACAUUGUUAUUCCGUUGUAUAGAUUAUUACU